AUGUAUCGGAGUAGAAAUAGGCCAAAAAAAGGUGGCGAAAAUGAAGUUAAGGGUCCAAAUUCUGCCUUAACUCAGUUUCUGAGAGAAGAAGGGAUUAGCGCUGAGAAUAUUAAACAGCGAUGGUACCAACAGUCGAAGAAGCGUAGGGAUGAGAAUGAUGAAAAGAAGGAAGAUGUAGAAGAUGUGGACGAUGAUGACUUAACAGCGGAGAAUUCUCAAGUGGUCGAUGAUAAAGAGCUUGAUGACGUUGAAACAGGUAGCGAUACCGAGAGUGGAAAAGUUGAGGUUUCUUAUGAAGCUAGAAUGAAAUUAGUGACUGCAGAUAGUGAUGAAGAAGAAUAUGAAACUAGCAGUGUGUCUGGCACUCCAAUUAGCUUAAGUACAGCCAAUAAUCGGAAGUUAUUAGCUAAAAAGAAGAAAGCCGCCGCAAAAAUCAUUCAAAAUCGUCGUAGAAAGCGUAAAAGAGCUGCUGAUUUGUUGGAUAGACGCGUAAAUAAAGUGUCUAGCUUACAAAGUCUUUGUAUUGGGAAAAUUAGUGAGAACAUCUACAAGUGGCAGAAGGACGCUAAUGAAUCUUCAAAGUUGGUAUUUAAUAGAUUGAGAGAUGUGCUCGGUGGUGUAUCUACUGCAAACUUGAAUAAUUUGGCCAAGGCGCUAUCGAAGAAUAGGGCCUUAAAUGAUCACACUUUGCAACUUUUCUUGAAGACAGAUUUGACAAAGUUGACUUUCAAUGAUUGCUCUAAAAUUUCGUUUGAUGGCUACAAGACAUUAGCAAUUUUUUCACCGCACCUAACUAAGUUAUCGUUGCAAAUGUGUGGACAACUAAAUAACGAAUCACUGCUUUACAUUGCUGAGAAGCUACCGAACUUAGAAGCACUAUAUUUGGAUGGUCCCUUUUUGAUUAAUGAGGACACAUGGGAAGCUUUCUUUACAAUCAUGAAAGAUAGGCUAAAAGAAUUCCAUAUCUCAAAUACGCAUCGCUUCACAGAUAGAUCGUUAUCCAAUCUGUUGGUCAAUUGUAGUUCGAGCUUGGUUUCUUUUGGGUUAUCCAGGCUGGAUUCAGUUUCAAACUACGCUUUGCUGCCGCAAUAUCUAGUUAACGACGACUUUCAUACCCUCUGUAUCGAAUACCCAUUUAACGAAGAAGAUGUCAACGAUGAGAUCAUCAUAAACAUUUUGGGCCAAGUGGGAGGCACAUUACGGACAUUAGUCUUGAACGGCUGUGCAGAAUUGACCGAUUCAAUGAUAAUUAAUGGUCUGACUGCAUUUAUACCUGAAAAAUGCCGAUUGGAGGUUCUAAGUUUAGAAGAAUCUGAUCAGAUAACUACAGAUUCAUUGGUGUACUUCUUCAAUAAAGUGGAACUAAAUAAGCUAACCAAAUGCAGCUUUAGAAGGUGCUUGCAGUUAGGUGAUAUGGCGGUUAUAGAGUUACUGCUCAAUGGAGCAAAAGAUAGCCUGAUUAGUUUAAGCUUCAAUUCAUUGAAAGAGCUAACUGAGGAAGCAUUUGUGGCCUUAGCCUGUCCUAACUUGACAUAUAUAGAUCUUGGGUUUGUGCGUUGUGUGAAUGACUCAAUCAUCCAAAUGUUGGGUGAGCAAAAUCCUAAGUUAACUGUAAUCGAUGUGUUUGGGGAUAAUUUAGUUACUGAAAACGCGAAAACGAGGCCUGGACUUACAUUGAUAGGAAGACAGAGUGACAGUAUAUAA